AUGUUCUAUUUUACAAUUCUUGAAGAUUUAAAUAAACCAAUAGAGUCUUUACAUGCUAUUGUUAUGGGUAUAGCUAAUACUAGUAAAUCAUAUAUUAUUAAAACUAUUUAUAAUCAUAUGUUUGGGAUGGCACAAGAAUAUGAAAUUAAUCCAAAAGAAGAUUCACUAGUAUUAAUUCUUGUCCCAACUGGUGUUAUAACUUUUAGCAUAAAUAAUUAUACAAUUCAUUCUGCAUUUUUACUAUCUAUAAAUUUUAAAAAUUUAGAACUCAAUUCUGAAUCUUUAAAAAGGUUUCAGCAAUCAUUUAAAAAUGUUAAAAUUAUUUUAUUUGAUAAAAAGAAUAUAAUUAGUUCAUUCAGAUUAGAAACAAUACAGAGACAAGCUGGAAAUUCAAAAGAACAAUAUGUAUUUCAUAGUCUUCUUUUGCACUUACACAAUGGAAGAUCUACAGAAGAUGAUUGGCAAUUACUUAACAAUAGAGUUUACACAUUAGUUUCACCAACAGAAGAACUUAAUCUUUCUAUUGCUAAGAUAAAAACUGUGCAUAGUGGUACUGGUGCUAGAAAUGCACCUUUUGACACAACAAAUGGCCUUGAAUCUGUUUUAUUUUUAUCUAUUAGUGCUUGUCUAGGAAGAACCUCUCCUUCACUUCCUACAGUAAUUUUAAUUAAAAUGAACAAUUAUACUGGGCCAACUUUGUCUAUAUCAAACUAUCAUCAAGUUGUACCAAUUCGACCCAUUAAAUAUACUUGGGAGGGAAAGUCAGGAACUUGCUCACGCAUGCAGUUUCCUUUAUGCCUUGCUUGGGCAAUUACUAUUCAUAAGUCACAAGGUUUAACAUUACCACAAGCCGUAAUAAAUCUUGGAAAUAAAGAAUUUGCAACUGGUCUUACAUUUGUAGGUGUAUCAAGGGUUCGAACUCUUACUAAUCUUCUUUUCGAUAGCGCGUUCUCCUUUGAUAGAUUACAAAAAUUAGGGCAAAAUGCACGUUUACUGACCCGUUGUGGUCCUAUACAUGACUUCAUUGCUGUAAAGAGACAAGAUUUUAAAACAUGCGAGCAGAGCUCUUUUUGUAAACGUAAUCGUGCUUAUGCCGAUAGUUUAACAGCGAAUAAUUCACUUGUAUCUCCUUACUCUGUAAUUCAAGAUUCUAUCAUAAUCAAAGAUGGUAUAAUUUCUGGUGAUCUUAUCAAUUCUGAAAAUAAUAUAAUUUUCAUUUUUGAAUUGCAUCUAUUGGAUAUUGGUGCUGCAAGGCUUCGAAUUAAUGAAAAAAAACCAUUAAAACCUCGUUAUGACAAAGUGAAAGAUUGGGCUCUUGUUCAAGAUCCAUUGAUUACUUUAGAAUAUACUCUGAUCCCUUCUACUAAACCUGGUGUCACAUCUUUAUCUUUCGGCAAAGAAAGAAAACAAAUUGUUUCAAUUUAUCAUUCACCGUUUCGUGUCGAAUUUUUGGUCAAUGAUAUGCCAAUUAUCACAUUAAAUGAUCGUGGUUUCCUCAAUUUCGAGCAUUUAAGAAAAAAAGAUGCACCUCGUCUAGUUGAUCAGAGUAAUAGCGAUAAUAAUGUCAUAGAAGAGAACGAGAUUGAUAAAGGUCUAUGGAAAGAAUCUUUUAAUGGAAAAGAGGAUCCAAAACCAAAUGGUCCUGAAUCUAUUGGACUUGAUAUUUCGUUUCCGGGAUUCGGUCAUGUAUAUGGCAUUCCUGAACACGCGUCAACAUUUUCAUUAAAAGAAACCAGAGGAGGUGACGGUGCUUACACUGAUCCUUAUCGUUUAUAUAACUUGGAUGUGUUUGAAUAUGAAAUAGAUAAUCCAAUGGCCCUUUACGGUUCCAUUCCGUUUAUGAUGGCUCAUCGAAAGGGUGCAUCGGCUGCCAUUCUUUGGUUAAAUGCGGCAGAAACAUGGAUUGAUAUAACUAAGAAUAAAGAGGAUAAACAUAGACUAUCUAGUCUACUUGGUUUUGGUAAAUCAACACCUACUUCAACCAAUACUCAUUGGUUUUCAGAAUCUGGUAUUAUCGAUGUAUUCGCUUUUCUUGGUCCAACAACCUCCGACAUCUUCCGUCAAUAUGGAUUACUUACUGGAUUCACCGCAUUACCUCAAUCUUUUGCGAUUGCCUAUCAUCAGUGUCGUUGGAAUUAUCUCAACCAAGAUGAUGUUGCUGAAGUAGAUGAAGGAUUUGACAAAUAUGAUAUUCCUUACGAUGUAAUAUGGCUAGAUAUUGAGCAUACCGAUGGGAAAAAAUAUUUUACAUGGGACAGUGUUAAAUUUCCUUCUCCUGAACAAAUGCAAAAUGCUAUUGGAAAAAAAGGACGGAAGAUGGUGACGAUCAUUGAUCCACAUAUAAAAGUAGAUAACGACUUUUAUGUUCAUAAAGAGGCCGGAGACUUAGACCUCUUUAUCAAAGAAUCUGACGGCCGAGUAUUCAAUGGAUGGUGUUGGCCAGGUAGUUCAUCUUGGGUAGAUUAUACUAAUCCCUCUGCUCAAACAUGGUGGAUCAAAAAGUUUGCAUUUGAUCAAUAUAAAGGAUCAACUGAAUUUUUAUUUACAUGGAAUGAUAUGAAUGAACCAUCUGUAUUUAAUGGCCCGGAAAUAACAAUGCCAAAAGAUCUCAUUCAUUAUGAUGGUUGGGAACACCGCGACUUGCACAAUCUUUACGGACUUGCCUAUCAUAGUACAACUGCUAAAGGACUCAUCAAUCGCCAUAAUCCACCACGCCGACCUUUUGUAUUAUCCCGUGCAUUUUUUGCGGGUUCUCAGCGUUAUGGCGCUAUUUGGACAGGCGAUAAUUUUGCAAAAUGGGACCAUUUGGCUAUAUCGACCCCUAUGUUAUUGACUAUUGGUAUUUCUGGAUUACCAUUUUCUGGAGCUGAUGUUGGUGGAUUCUUUGGUAACCCUGAGCCUGAACUCUUGAUUCGAUGGUACCAAGCAGGGUCUUUUCAACCUUUCUUCCGUGCACAUGCUCACAUAGAUACCAAAAGACGCGAACCGUGGUUAUUCGGCGACCCGUACACAGGUUAUAUCCGUGAUAUAAUACGAGAAAGAUAUGCGUUGUUACCCUUAUGGUAUACUCUAUUCCACGAAGCUAGUACCACAGGGAUGCCAAUAAUAAGACCUAUAUUUACAGUUUAUCCUGAAGAAGAAGAAACUUAUGCAAUGGAAGAUCAAUUCUUUGUUGGUAACUCAUUGCUUGUCAAACCUAUUGUAAACCAAGGUCAAACAUCUACUGAGGUCUAUUUUCCAGGAAAUGAGAUAUAUUAUGAUUAUUUUACUCUUAAAAAGAUUCACGGAACUGGUAAAGUACAAAUUGAAGCCCCACUAAAUAAGAUUCCUGUCUUUUUACGCGGUGGAUCUAUUGUUCCAAAACGUCAAAGAAUUCGACGUUCUUCAGCAGCCAUGCGUACAGAUCCUUUUACUUUAUUGAUAGCAUUAGAUAAAAAAGGUGAAGCAACUGGUUCACUGUAUUUAGAUGAUGGGGAAACAUAUGAUUACGAAAAAGGACAUUUCGUUCACCUUCAAUUUAAAUUUUCAGCUAGAAACCUUGCUUCUAAAUCAUUAUCAUUACUUAAAAAUGAUAAAAAUUUAUAUGCACAGUCAAUUAAUUCUGUUCGUGUUGAACGAAUCAUAGUAUUAGGACUUGAUGUAAAACCUAAAAACAUUUUUGCAAAUUGCAUCGAAGCCACAAAAAAUUUCUCACGUGAAUUACAAUUUGGCUUUGCUGCUACAACUUCAGCUGAUGUAAUUAUUAUAAAAGGCACGGAUUUGUUGAUCACUGAAGAAUGGAGUGUAGAUUUUUCCUAA